AGCUUAGGCUUCCCACGUCCAGAGCACGUCGGAAGGAACGAUCUCUGCUGAACUCAAAAACACGGGGAGCACUCUGACGCAAGGAUCCUCGCUGCAGUCACUUUCAGCCACUCGGCCCGGUCACAAUCCCACCUGGAACCCAUGAACUUCACUGACAGAGCCUCACAAUGACAGAGGAAGCAUGCAGGACACGAAGUCAGAAACGAGCGUUAGAACGUGAGAUAACGCAUAACGAUGUGGACAGUAAAAAAAUAAAAAUGGAGAAAGGACUAUUAGGAGCAGAUAUAAAUGCUGAAGGCGACAUGAAAAUAAAAACAGAUCCUGGAGCUGGAAAAGUGCAAGGAUUAUUAAAAAGUGGAGAGGUGAAAGCAACCAUCAAAGUGGAGGUUCAGACGGGAGAUGAGCCUGUGGACAUGAGUACCUCAAAAAGUGAAAUAAAGAGAGAAAAGAGAGUCCCCUCACCGGACGUUAUAGUGUUAUCUGACAAUGAACCUUCUAGCCCUAGAAUGAAUGGUUUAACAAAAAUAGCAUUAAAAGAGACCAACACAGAGGCACUCAUGAAAAGCAGUCCAGAAGAACGUGAGAGAAUGAUUAAACAACUAAAAGAAGAGUUACGGUUAGAAGAAGCAAAGCUUGUUUUAUUGAAAAAGUUACGGCAAAGUCAAAUCCAGAAGGAGACCACUACUCAGAAGCCUGCUGGUUCCUCUGGGAGUGCUGUGGCCACCCCUCCGCCCUUGGUGCGGGGACCGCAGAGCGUUCCUGCUGGCAAGCCGUCCCUCCAGACCUCUUCUACGCGUAUACCAGGCACUGUUAUUCCUCCUCCCUUGGUCCGUGGAGGGCAGCAGACUUCUUCAAAAUUGGGAACUCAGCAAAACACGCAGAUAGUAAUGCCACCUCUUGUCAGAGGAGCACAGCAAAUCCACAACAUCCGACAGCACUCCAGCACGGGGCCGCCUCCGCUGCUGCUGGCACCGCGAGCAUCGGUCCCCAGCGUACAAAUUCAGGGGCAGCGAAUUAUCCAGCAGGGUCUGAUCCGCGUCGCCAACGUCCCCAACACCAGCCUGCUUGUCAAUAUCCCGCAGGCCUCGCCAACUUCAAUCAAAGGUACAACCGUGACAUCCGCUCAGGCUAAUGCUACUACGACCAGCGCCGCUUCCAUCGUCAACUCCAACGACUCGCCGGCCAGCCGGCAAGCCGCUGCCAAGCUCGCUUUGCGGAAGCAGCUGGAGAAGACACUGUUGGAGAUCCCUCCUCCCAAGCCGCCUGCACCAGAGAUGAACUUCCUGCCGAGUGCAGCUAAUAACGAAUUUAUUUACUUAGUCGGGUUGGAAGAAGUUGUGCAGAAUUUGCUGGAAACUCAAGGUAAAGUUUCAGUUGCUGUAUCAUCUCGUGAGCCCUAUAUGUGUGCUCAGUGUAAGACUGACUUCACCUGCCGUUGGAGGGAGGAAAAGAACGGAACCAUUAUGUGUGAAACCUGCAUGACAUCAAAUCAGAAAAAGGCCUUGAAAGCUGAGCACACUAACCGACUGAAGGCUGCCUUCGUAAAAGCACUGCAGCAAGAGCAGGAGAUUGAGCAAAGGAUACUGCAACAGACUGCGUCUCCUGUACAGACCAAGUCAGACCCUAUAGUGCAGCACCACUCGCUCAAGCAGACUUCUAGCCAGAUGUCUCGAGGUCCUCCUGGAGCUCCGCGAGGAGUGUUGCAUGCAUUUAGCCAGUCACCCAAGUUGCAGAAUGCAUCGUCUGCAGCAGCACUUGGGAGUAGGCCAGGUAAGCAUGCUGAGAGACCUGUCAGCAAGGGCAGCGCUGCCGCCUGGAAGAAGACUCCCAUCAAUACAGGUGGGGCUUUACCUUUUGUUAACCCUAGUUUAGCUGUGCACAAGUCGUCUUCAGCAGUAGACCGCCAGCGUGAAUAUCUCCUGGAUAUGAUUCCCCCACGGUCCAUCCCACAGUCUGCCACGUGGAAAUAAUGCAGAGGAACGCCUGAGAGGAAGACUUUUCCUGUUUCUGCCAUCCUUUUUAUACCACAAUUACAGUGGAAUCUGCUUUAAUCCCAGCUGGAUAUGCCCCAGGCUUUAUAGGAUGCAAGAAGACCACUCCUCAUCCCAUCGAGUGCUGCUGUCCCUGCUAUGAGAAAAUGACACCGCGUGGGUGGGAAAGACUUGAGCUCAUUUGGUUAUCAGAUUCUUAUGAUUGACUGAUGAUGAAGGCUGUCAGGGAAGGGGAAGAAUUCUUCUUUUUUUUUUUUUUUUUUUUUUUGGCUUUAUGUAUUUAGUUUGGAUUUUUUUUGUCACCAGCACAAAAGGAGGACUAAACGACUCUCUGCCUUCGGUUUCUUUAUUAAUAACUACCCAUUCACCAGGAACAUGGUGUUCGUUCGCGAUCGAGCAUGGAUGUCAGUUCAAGGAGAGAGGAAUUUCAACCCAAUCUUGCAGAUGCAUUUAGUGAGCCGAGUUUCACGUUUGCUUUUCUUCCCUGCCCCUCCUCCAGCCAGGAAGGCAGUCUACAGAUUAUAAUGAUUCAAAAUCUUCUGAUGAUGAGCUAAUGAUAAAUAAGUGCAAACUCAAAUUCCAGUUGAGUAUGUUUUGUUGUUUUGUUUUGUUUUUUUUUCCUAAGGGACUGGCUGCCACCAAAACUUGUCUGGUAGAUGGGAACCAGUGCAGGAGUCUCUCACUUUUGUUGGAUUCUGUUUUGAAUAGACUUUGAACUGUUGGUAGUCUAAAAUCUAAUUUACUGAAUAGACAAAACCUUUGUUCAGUCUUUCUAAUUCAGCGAAGAGCAGUUGGGCCUUUCAUAUGUUCCCAGAGACUUAAAAGUGAAACUGUUUUUGAUUAUUUUCUUUUGGAGGGUUUUUUGUUGUUGUUGUUUUGAGCAAUUUUACUCAAAAAAGAAAAAAGAAAAAAAAAAAAAAAAAGGAAUUCCAGAAGCUGCACGCAAUCAGAAAGGGCGAGUGGAGGGGGCAGGGGACCGGGAGGCUGCCGCCAGGUCGCAGGCUCCUUCCUCUGCCGAUACCUGCCGAGACGCGGCCGUUCCUGGUCCGUGCUGCGGCGGACAAUGACCGUGCCAGCACGUGUUGGGCACGUUGGGGGCAGGACUGCCUACCCUGAUCCCUCUAGAGCUCCGUUCUUCCAGGCGUACCAAGCAUGCUCCUCUGUCCAUCACUUCAGUAUUUCAUUUUUGAUAGAGCUUUAGGUAACCCUGCUUUAAGGACAGGUUUCUACGUGGUUUUAAUAUAUUUUGGGAAUUCCACAGGUUAAACCCAAAUCUAUCAGGUCCAGGUGGUGGUUUUUUUUUUUCUUUCUCGUCAUCUUCCCUCCUUCUUCCCUGUGCUUCUCCCAAAUUAAAGUUGAAUUCAAGUGGCAGAAAUACAUGCCUUACUACUUAUGUUGCAUAUCAGUACUAGAAGUAGUGCUGAUAAGAAUUAUUUGCAAAAUUAUAUAUAUAUAUCUAUAUAUCUAUAUAUAAAAGAAAAGGGGGGGAGGGGUUACUAUUCAGUCUAUGCUGAAUCUAUUUUCUUAGCAGUUGCUGUUAGAUCUAACUUUAAACCAAUAACUGUAUAGGGUUGUCCCCCUUCCAGAUCUAACAUCGCAUAGUGAAAAAGAAAACUCGUUCAUUUUAGCCCCUCUUCUGUUGUGUGAAUAUCAGUAUUUAGAUACUUUGAAAACUGUUCAGUAGGAUAGAAAACCUAGUUUUGCAAAAUGGUAUUUGUUGCUGUAUAAAGCCCUAGAAUUUCAAUUUGACUUUGUUUUUUGUUUGUUUUACAAAUGUAUAUUAAGAGCUAAAUGGGGAUGAGAGGAAUUGGUUUGAGUUUUGAAUUUUUCUUUUCAUUCCAAGAUAUUUUGGAUUGGGAGAUGUGGAGAGAGAAAUUGAGUGCAUUUUAUUUUUGCACUUUGAAAUAUUAUGGAAGAGUUUCAGUUCCUUACCUGCGUGGAGGUUUUUUGGGGUUUUUUUUCCUCUCUUCUGACAAAUGCCUGCAUUAUCUCAUCAUUGAUGCAAAUGUCUAGCCCUGUUAAAUCACCUGGGAAGAGUGCAUUUGUUCAAAAAGAACAAGCAAAACUUCUCAAACUAAAAUUCAAAUGCCUUUUUGGGAAGCCUGGACAACUUCACAAUUUCUUUCCAGUGUUGGGGUAGCUUCAGCUGAUGCUGGAAGAAAAAGGGGAAUGGAAAGAGGGGCAGAAGUAUUCAACUUGCCUGUUUCAAAAGCGAUGUCAAAACCUUUUUGGAUACUGCCAGUUCAGUACAGCAGCUCGUAAAUAUUAAUUUCAGCACAAUGGAUAGGGGAGACUCAAAAUAAGCCUUAAAAUAAUUGAGAAGACUUAUUUUAAGAUUUGGAACUGAAAAUAAAAACGAGUUUGCGUGUACUGUCUUACAAACCUUGCUCCCUCAGCAAUGCUAGACCGCAGUCUGUCUUCGUUUAAUGUAGAAUAAAACCCCACAAAUAUUAGCUGAAGUAUUGGGGUAGAAUUAUUUUGAAGGCUGUGUAAGCGAACAGAAAAUAUUACACGGAUAUUUUGGCUGUCGGGAUUCAAACCAGUUUUGACAUUGUUUUUAAUCGGUGGUUCUUGGAGUGUUGCAGGUAACUUAGAGGAUACAUUUAUUGCAUAUGUGCUUUAGAUAAAUGCACCAGGAAAAGACUUAAGCGGUAUCCGUGUGUUAAAUGCCAGAAGGGUUGCUUCUUCCUUUGUAGUCAAAACUGCAUAUUCAGUUGAGCAGUGUUGAACUGGGCUAGUUAAGGUACCAUGCUAGGGUUAGGUAGUUGUUAAAACACUUGCUGCAGUCUUUCCAGAUCUCCUCCUCCCCAUCUGUACGUUCCCCUUCUUGCAGGAAAAAAAACCCCGAAAAACCAAGCAACAAACAGAAAAGCUCAAUUGGAUGGAAUAUUCACAUAACGGUGUUACGCCCCAAAGGUUAAAUCGUUUGGGAAUUGUGAAGGGGGGGGGGUUAGACACGCUUUUAAGAACAAAUCUUUGGUUUAUUUCUACUGCUGUCAUGUUUGGGAUUCCUGCCUCCGUAAGGGCUAUUAGUUCUGCCGCAGAGCUGUCCGAAAGUCACCUCAUCAGCCCUCUCCCGGAAAAAGACCAUUUUACUUAAAGCUCCCUCAGAACAAGAGACUGAACGUGCUGCUCGACAGUCUAGCCUGUAAAUCGGUAUCAUUCAGGUGGAGUAUCCGGCAUCGUGUCCCGUUUUCCCCGACCCUCCACUGCUUCGCUGCAAACUGCUGCAUGAGCUGGUUUGAGAUUGCUCAGAUGCUGCUUGCUUCCCCCCUCUCCUGGGGAGAGGGUUAGAGCAGCGUUGGUUCUUGCAAGCCAUAUAACCUUUCUUUGAGACGUUGCGACUACAAGAUUUUAUAAUACAGUAAUAAUGAAAAUGACUAUUGUACUUAGAUUUUAGCAACUUGUGAAAUAAACCCCGGAUUUUCAUU